GGUAAACAUUGUACAGUACGAUUGGCCGGCCCCGAGGCGGCGGGUCUUUCGCUUUUCUUUCCUGCUGUCUCCGAUUUUUUUAUACCGAGAAAAGUGCGACAUCGAUCUUGUUGUUUCUUCCGAUGUGAGGGUUUUGCCUCGCGAAUUUGCCCGCGAUUGUUGGAUUUCGCUAUCUUGCGCUCCUUUUGGUGUUAAUUCCCUCUUCGGAUGUCGCCGAGGUGAGGAUGUCACCAUGAUAACCAGCGUCUGAUUCGGGAUUACGUUGAACGUAAACGAAGCGUGUAGUGUUCGAUGUUGGCCUACUAUAAGACGGAAUCCAUACCAAACUCAGGGAUGUCGAUGCCGGCACCAGGCAGCGGCAUGGCCGCCAGCCUGGAAACGAUGAACUCGGUGAAGAGCCUGGUGUGCAGUCCGGAUCUGACGAUGUUCACCAGUCCGAGAUGUAACAGGGUCGAGGCCGCGCAGCCGUCCAAACCGAGCACAGUGGUGGACGGUGGCGGAAAGUACCAGUGUCUGCUCUGUCAGAAGACCUUCGCGCAGAAGAACGUGUACCAGAGUCACCUGAGGUCCCACAGCAAGGAGGGCAACGAUCCAUAUCACUGCAACAUCUGCAGCAAGACGUUCGCCGUGCCGGCGAGGUUGACCCGCCACUAUCGCACCCACACCGGCGAGAAGCCGUACCAGUGCGAGUACUGCAAAAAGUCGUUCUCGGUGAAGGAGAACCUCAGCGUCCACCGGCGCAUCCACACGAACGAACGGCCGUACAAGUGCAACGUGUGCGAGCGGGCGUUCGAGCACAGCGGCAAGUUGCACCGUCACAUGCGCAUCCAUACCGGCGAGCGACCGCACAAGUGCAGCAUAUGCAGCAAGACGUUCAUCCAGAGCGGCCAGCUGGUGAUACACAUGCGUACGCACACCGGCGAGAAGCCGUACGUGUGCGACGAGUGUCAGAAGGGUUUCACCUGUUCGAAGCAACUGAAGGUGCACAUGCGCACCCACACCGGGGAGAAGCCCUAUACCUGCGAGAUCUGCUGCAAGGCGUUUGGCUACAAUCACGUGCUCAAGCUGCACCAGGUCUCGCACUACGGCGAGAAGGUAUACAAGUGUACAAUCUGCAAUGAGACCUUCAACUCGAAGAAGACGAUGGAGCUGCACAUCAAGAAGCAUCCGGAAUCGCCCACGUCGCUCGCCUCCACCAUCCCCGACAGCGGCACCUCCUCGCCAUCGGCGCCGUCGGUCGGUUCGCCAGUUUCGCCGAUCAAGCCGGACAUUAAGAUCUCGCAGGAUGACAUCGGCGUUCCUAGCGGCAACGGUUCGGCCAUCGUUCCCACUCUCCUCAGUCUCACCAUCGACGACAAGGAGAAUCAUAUGAAGACUGAAGAGACCUAUUCGACGGCGAGCACUUACGCCGUUCAGCGCGACUUGGCGUAUUAUCUAUAUUCUGGCAACAGAGAGCAGCAGUAUUCGCAGCCGGGGACGACGUCACCGUCGGAGAUCGUCCUCGGCGACAUCGAGGAGAAGCGCUUUCAGGCGAGCGUGGUGGUGAGCGCUCCCCUGGAGCCGACGACCCAGCACCACGUAUUAUUCUAUCCCGAUCCGGCGUACUCCAGUUUCGGUUUAACCCCUAAUGGUGGAGUGGAUCUCGACACCGCCGACUGUUCGUCCCUGCUUAAUUUGCCGGGUAACGAUGCGCGACGCAGAGUCGAGGCCGCCCUGGAGGCGGUCGAGGAGGAACGUCAGAGGCAAGAGUACGACGGGAUCGUCAAGAUCAACCGGGACCCGUUACUCACGCCGCCUAGCAGCAACCCCGAGAGUCCGGCGUCGUCCCCCGACCUGGCGUUGGAUCUGGCGAUUCCGCCGCGGGAAACGCUGAUCCUGCCGCCGAGGAAGCGCAGCAAGAUGAUCCUCCAGUCUAUGGAGAGCGAGUACAGGAGCAGCGGCGGCCUAAUCGCGACCUCACAGCCCUCCCACCCCUGGGGACAGAGGGAAAGCUCUGUCAUUCAAUACGCGCGAGCCUCAUACAACCGGGUAGAAACUCACUAUAUAUUAGAAGAGCAGGUUGCAUAUAAGUCUCUUUCCUUGCAUACUGGUUUCGAAACUUCCUCAACAGUGGCAAUGUUCCGACAAUUCGACAAAAUGGGAGGCGGAGAUUUGAAUUUGAAAAAGUCGUGGCAUCCGUCUACUAUGAAAAAUAUGGAGAAGGUUAGAAAAGCAGAGCAGCAGAAUGAUCAAGAAAAUAGAAGGAUAGCGGAGUUGAAGAGACAGAUUGAAAUGGAGAAGGAUCACGAGGAUAUGACAAAGUACGCUAUGGAGCAAGGUGUGAUAGAAAAGAAGGACGACAAGAAAUUGGAUUGGAUGUACAAAGGACCGAAUCAAAUGGUCAAUAGAGAAGAAUAUCUACUGGGAAGGCCAGUUGACAAGGCUUUUGAACAAAUGCAACAGGCGGAGAAAGAGACAGAGAUCAAUAAACCGCCAAAAAAUCAUGUUGAAUAUGAAUGCAUUCCACCUUCAUUGCGAUUUUUUUCUGGUAACGAGCAAGUAGAUCUGAUUAGAAAAAUGCAAGAAGAUCCCCUAUACGCCAUAAAGAAAAAAGAAAUGGAAAGUAGAAGUCAGCUCUUAAAAAAUCCUGUCAAGCUGAAACAACUUAAAGAGUUGUUGGAACAACAAACGCGCAAAACUAAAGGAGAGAGGAAAAAGAAAAAGUCAAAAGAGAAGGAUAGCAGUGAGGACGAGGCUGAAUUGGAUAAAUUAUUAGCGAUUAAAUUUAAACAAUUAAAAGACAAUAUUAGUGAAAAGGAUUUGUUAAAAUCGAUGAAAAAAAUUAAAAAUAAACGUAAAAAAAAAUCGCGAAAGCAUAGUUCGGAAAGCGAAUCGAACAGUAGUAGCGACGACGCUUCUGCUAAGAAAAGACGACAUAAGCGGAAGAAAAAACGAAAGAAAAGUACGAGUGAUAGUGACAGCGACAGUGAUAGUACUGACAGUACUAGUAAUGAAAAUGUUACUCAACAUGAGAAGAAAGAACGUAAUAAAAAGAAAUAUGACAAGAAACGUUCGAGUGAUGAUGUAAAGGUAGACAAUGACGAUAAACAAACUAGGAAAAGGAAAUCGAGUAAACAUAGAAAUCUAAAAAAGAAGCGAAAGAACAGUUCAAGCGAUAGUGAUAGCGACAGUGAUACUGAGAGCACUGAUAAUGAAAACAUCAUUGAACAUAAAAAGAAAGAUAAUAAAAAGGAAUAUGAUAAGAGACGUUCGAGCGAUGAUAUAAAGGUAGAUAAUGAUGAUAAACGAAUUAGGAAAAGGAAAUUGAGUAAACAUAGAGAUUUCAAGUACGAGAGAAAUAGAAAACAUGAGAAAGAAUAUGAUACAAAUUAUAACAAACGGCGGUACGAACAAAGCGAUAUGCGAAGAGACAGUUCAAAGGAUAGAUACAGAAGAAAAUACUCUGCGGAGAGACGAAAUGACAAAACAGAACUGAAUGACAAAAGAUCUACCUUCGAUAUUAGUCGCAUGAAUUUCAAAGAAGAUAGAAAAGAAUUGAAAUAUAGACCGAAAGCAAGGCCGAGCCUUACUGAAGAGGAAAAGGAACAACGGCGACAAGAGAUGAUGGCAAAUGCAGCAUGGCGCGAUAAAGAGAGAGAGAAAAAUGUGAAAAUGUACCGCGAGGAAGAGAAGAUAGAAAUUCAAAGUAGUUCAUACAACAAGGAUUUUAUCAGGAAACAACUGGUUGUCGCAACAGAAAUGGGAACAGUUGCGUCUAGAAUCAAAGCCAAUAUUAACAAUAUACAACGUUCCGGUCGCGCAAUGGAUAUGAAUUUCGCCAAGAGAUGAUUUUCUGCAAUUAUGUAUACUUUGUACAGCUAUACAUUGCUAAAAUUUUUGAUAGGUCAUGUAUAUCUGUAUGAAUGUAAAGAUAUUUUGAAAUACACGAAUAUUAUCCGAAGGAACGGAA